GGUUUCGACCGAGUAAUUGUCAUUUCUCUUUUUUUUUAAAAAAAAAAAUAUUAUUAAAAUUUAUCCAAUAAAUAAAGCAAAGAUCCUUAACCGAAAUAACUGGUUCAGUAAAAGGUAUGUCGAUUCCCUUAGCUUCUUCCUCUCUCCCUUCCAAGCCGCCGCCUCACCUCAGCUUACAGAAAUGCGCCACCGUGCACGAGCUCAAGCAGGUGCACGCUCAAAUGAUCCGCUCCGGCCUCGCCUUCGACCCGCUCCCAGCCAGUCACUUCGUCUCCGUCUGCUGCACCCCAGAGUUUGGAUGCCUCGAAUACGCCAGGCUCGUCUUCCGGCAGAUCCCCAAUCCAAGCACUUUCACCUUCAACUCCGUCGCCCGAGCCUACACCAACAAGAACCUCCCUUUCCAGGCCCUCCUCUUCUACAUCGAAUCGAUCGAACGAGGCCUCCGUCCGGAUCGCUUCACGCUUCCCUCGCUCUUCAAGUCCUGCAGGUUCUUGAACGAAGGGAAGCAGCUGCAUUCCCACGCGCUCAAGUUGGGCUUUUCUUCGGACGUCUAUGUCCAGAACACGUUGAUGAACAUGUACUCUGUUUGUGGCUGCCUGCGCUCCGCUUGCCAGGUGUUUGACAAAAUGCGCGAGAAGACCAUUGUUUCCUGGGCCACUAUGAUUGCUGCUUAUACCAAAUCGGAUCGCUUGUUUGAAGCAAUAGAUCUUUAUCGCAGGAUGGAGCUGGAGCCUAACGAGAUCACUCUGGUGAAUGUUCUCACGGCUUGUGCGAGAGCCAGGGACAUAGAGACCGGGAAACAGGUUCAUCAGUACAUCGAAGAGAGUGGAAUUGGACUUGAUUUGGUCCUAUCAGCUGCGCUGUUGGACUUUUACUGCAAAUGCGGCUGUGUUUCGCUUGCGCGGAAGCUGUUCGAUGAAAUGCCCGAGAGGAAUAUAUUUUGUUGGAACAUAAUGAUUAAAGGGCACGUCGAGGAUAGUGAUUACAAGGAAGCAUUGCGACUGUUCCGCGAGAUGCAAUUCAUCGGCAUCAAGGCAGAUAAAGUGACCAUGGCGAGCAUGGUCCUGGCAUGCUCCCAGCUGGGCGCUCUCGAGCUUGGCAAAUGGUUGCACGUCUACAUUGCCCGAGAGAAGGUCGAGGUGGACCUCGUGCUGGGGACUGCUCUAGUGGACAUGUACGGGAGGUGCGGGUGCGUAGAAAGUGCAUUCAAGGUGUUCGAGGAUAUGCCUCGCAGAGAUGUCAUGACGUGGACGGCCCUCAUCGGAGGACUUGCAAUGUGCGGGCACGCAGAGAGAGCGCUGCGGGCCUUCCAGGAGAUGCAGAAGAGUGGAGUGAAGCCCGACGCGAUCACCUUCGUCGGCGUCUUGACAGCCUGCAGCCACGAGGGCCUCGUCGACGAAGGUUGGUCGUACUUCAACUCGAUGGCGAACGGCUACAAUAUCCAGCCCAGCGUCGAGCACUACGGCUGCAUGGUCGAUAUGCUGGGUCGAGCGGGGCAGAUUGAGAGAGCAGAGGAGCUGAUAAGAGGCAUGCCGAUGGCUCCCGAUCGCUUCGUGUUGGGAGGCCUGUUAGGCGCUUGUAGAAUUCACGGUGACGUCGCUGUCGCCGAAAGAAUUGCGCGGAUGCUAUUGGAGCUCGACCAGAAGGAAGGAGGAACAUACGUGCUUCUGUCCAACAUAUACCGGUCCCUUCAGAAAUGGGACGAAGCUAACAGAGUGAGAAAGCUGAUGGUGGAGAGGAAGGUGAAGAAGCCACCAGGGUGCAGUCUGAUAGAGAUGGAUGGGGAGGUCCACGAGUUCGUCAUGGGGGACGAGUCGCACGCCGACUCUGCUGAGAUUUACGCCAUGGUGGAAGACAUGGUUGGGAAGCUGAAGGAAGCAGGGUACGUGCCGAACAAGUCGGAGGUGGUGCUGGACAUGGACGAGGAGGAGAAGGAGAGCGCGUUGUGCCGGCACAGCGAGAAGCUGGCCAUGGCGUUCGGGCUCAUCAGGACUAGGCCGGGGACGCCAAUCCGGAUCAUGAAGAACCUUCGUGUUUGCGGUGAUUGCCAUGCAGCUAUCAAGCUCGUCUCCAAGGUUUACGGGAGGGAGAUCGUCGUGCGGGACAGGUGCAGGUUCCAUUACUUUAAGGAUGGAUGUUGUUCUUGCAAGGAUUAUUGGUGAGAAUCGCGUUUGUGCCUGAUUUAUUUGACGUAGAUCAGUAGAAUUUUCAAUCAAUGUGGAUUUCUCUCA